UUGAACAUUUCUUUGUUAUUCUUCUUCUUCUUCUAUUUUUCUGAAUUUAAAUAGUAAACCCUCAAUUAUUUAGAAACAAAUAAUGACCCACGACAGAUUUCUUCUCUCUCUCUUUUUUUUUUUUCUGGUCUUAUUUCUUUCAAACGGCUGUGAUCAAAUUAUCUUGGAGGUCCAACGACCAUGGCAGAUGGAGAAGAAGGAGAAACGGUGUCGUUUAGUACUCGCAGUCUUCAAGAGACCCCUACUUGGGCUUUGGCUACAGUUUGCUUUCUCUUCAUUACUAUUUCUCUUUUUAUAGAGCACUUGAUCCAUCUCCUCUCCAGUUGGCUUAGGAAACGUAGGAAAGCAGCCUUGUUUGAAGCUGUGGAGAAGCUUAAAUCAGUGUUAAUGGUACUGGGUUUUAUGUCUCUGACUCUAACACUAACUCAAAGACGCAUUUCGAAAAUCUGCGUACCCACCAAAUUUGCAAACUCAAUGCUUCCUUGUCGCGAAGGUGGUAUAAACACCAAAGAAAGAACUUUGGAAUCUGACGAGUCCAUUCAAUCCCCUGAUUAUUGUCAAACCAAGGGAAUGGCAUCUUUUAUGUCACAACAAGGGCUCAAUCAAUUAAGCAUCUUCAUUUUUGUGCUAGCAGUUAUGCAGGUUGCUUACAGUGUGGCUACAAUGGCCUUGGGAAGAGCCAAGAUGAAGAAAUGGAAAGCCUGGGAAAAAGAAACUCAAACAGUGGAAUAUCAAGCUGCAAAUGAUCCCGACAGAUUUAGAUUCACCAGACAAACAACAUUUGGCCGCCGGCACAUGAAUUCUUGUAUGCAAACAUCUCUUCUUUUAUGGGUUAAAUGUUUCUUCCGUCAAUUCCUGCAUUCAGUGGCGAAAGUUGAUUACUUCACUUUGCGCCAUGGAUUCAUAUCGGCUCAUUUAUCAACCAACAAUACAUUCAACUUCCAAAAAUACAUACAACGAUCAUUGGAAGAUGAUUUCAAAGCUGUAGUUGGCAUAGGCCCUGUGAUGUGGUUAAUCGUAGUCAUCUUCUUGCUCGUCGAUGUUCAUGGUUGGCACGUGUAUCUAUGGGUGUCAUUCCUCCCAUUAAUUAUCGCCCUAGUUGUGGGAACCAAACUAGAAGUCAUCGUAGCUAAGAUGGCUCUGCGAAUCAAAAACCAGAGCGACGUUAUCAAAGGAACUCCUUUAGUUCAACCAAACGAUAAUCUCUUCUGGUUUAAUCACCCCGAUUACGUAUUAAUCCUCCUGCAUUACACCUUGUUUAUGAAUUCAUUUGAGCUUGCUUUCUUCAUCUGGGUCACGCUACAAUUUGGGAUAAACUCUUGCUAUCACGAGAACGUAGGAAUCAUCAUCGUCAGGGUGGUGUUAGCGGUGACAGUGCAAGUCAUUUGCAGCUACAUAACUCUUCCCCUCUAUGCUCUUGUGACCCAGAUGGGAUCGAGCUUUAAAAAGGCAGUUUUAGAAGAAGAAACAGCGAAUGCAAUAAAACAAUGGCAUGCUGGUGUGAGAGAGAAGAUGCGGAAGAAAAAAGGAAUUGUUAAUUAUAAUAAUAAUAAUAAUAAUAAUAUUAAUAUUAGUAAUAAUAAUAAUUUUACUGUUGGUGGAGGUAAUGAUCCUGUGGAUUUAUCUUCUCAUCAUCACUGUACACCUGCAGUGAUCAACGAUCCUCCUGACUCCUCCUCCCGGGAGCAAAUACAAUUGUCCGUAGGAUAA